GGCGCGUUCUUCGUCUGCCGGCUCGGGCAGGGACCCCUUCUUCUGCCCACGCUGGCGAGCGUUCAGGCUGUUGACAAACCGUGCGGCACGCGAGGGAGACUCAGCUGGCGAAAGAACGGCUCGUGUGAUGCUCCGGGUUGCUCUUAAGUCAUCUCAGUCAGCGCCAUGCGCCAGCUUCAGGGCAAAUCUAACCCAGUUUAAACCCCAGGCCUGGCCGCUGCAACUGGGAAAUAAAAAAAAAAAUACCAAGCAGGAGACUCGUGGCAUGUGUAAAAACUAACACGGGUUUUUAAAUUCCAUCCUAAGUUUCUGCGGACUCACUUGCUACGCUAGAGUAACACGGCGCUCUCUGCGGUUCUACUCGGAAAUUUUGUACUGCUGGUGGUGGUGGGGAAUCACUCAGCUGGAAAUCUGCUGGCUAAAAUUAUCAAAUGGCAACAGAAUCUGACUUUUCGAGAGAUCAAAAUCAGAAGCAAAAUACAAUGCUCAGAGAGAUUCAAACAGAGAAUCUUCCACUGACUACCCCUGUACAGAAAAAUGCCUUCAGAGCAGAUAAUUCAAUGGAGUCCUGGCUAACAGACCAAAGUAUAUUAUCUCCUCUGCUUAUUGAAUAUGAUAAACAUUUGGAAGAAAUGAGUGGACAACUGCGAUAUUGUCAGGAACAGAUGGGUGAAAUGAGAUUAAAAGUUGAACAAGUCACCAAGGAAAAUGAAAGGUUGCAUGAAGAACUGAAAGAGGUUAUUGAAAAGCAAUUAGAGGCUCUACCAUCUGGUUCUCCUUCAGGAGAUGCUUUUUUUAUGGAUGUAAAGUUAGUAAGAAACCUUCAAGAACAGUUACAGCUUGCAAAUAAAGAAAAGGAACAUGCGUUAGAACUUUGGCAGACAGUAUCGCAGGAAUUGGAACGACUUCAGCAGAUAUUCCAGAAACAAAUGACAGAAGCACAAAUCCAUAUUGCUGAAAGCCAAAAACAAAAGGGUCAAUUGACAAGCUUUCAGCAACUAAUAAAGCAACUGCAUUUAACCAAUGAAAAAACAGAGUCAAUGAAUGAAGUUUUUCUAAAGACUGUGAAGGAACAGAAUACAGAACUAGAACAGCUGCGUAAACAACUAAGGCAAUCUAAAUUUGACUUGAGAACCGCCAUUGCAAAGGUUGAUGAAAUGACAAGGCUGAUUGAGGAUUUUCAGACCCAGAUGGACAAAAAGGAAGAUGAUGUGCUGGCUGCUCGAGAAAGAGAAGAAGCAUCAGAUAAACGUUUGCAGCAGUUGCAGUCUAACAUAAAACAACUGGAAACAAGGUUAUGUGUAACUACCCAAGAUUCUCAACAGUUAAGAACAGAAAGAACAAAUCUAGAAAAGCAAAUUGCAGAGCUACAAAUGAAGUGUGCUGAUCUAGAACGGGAAAAAUAUGAUGCUGUAGAUAAAGUCCGCGACAGCAUGCAACUCUUAGAAGAAGCCAAUUUGCAAAAGAGUCAGGCAAUGGUAGGUGAAAAACAAAAAGAGGAGGAGAUUGCAAAUAUGAAGGAAGCAAUUUCUCAACUACUGCAAGAUGCUGCUUCAAGAACUAGAAAGGAGGUAGAGAAUGAAAGGAAAAGAUACAACAUACAAAUUUCUCGAUUAACAGAAGAACUUACAGCACUUCAAAUGGAAUGUGGAGAUAAACAGGCCCAAAUUGAACGGACUGUUAGAGAAAGACGAGCCGUAGAAGAAGAACUUGAGAAGAUAUACCGUGAAGGCAGAGGAAAUGAAGGAGAUUAUAGAAAACUAGAAGAACUUCAUCAGAGGUGCCUGAAGGCUGAACGUGCAAAAGAUGAUCUUCAGCUAAGUCUACAGACAGCACAAAACAAAAUUAGGCAACUGGAAAUGAAUUAUGAAGAAGAGAUAGGUCGUUGCCACGAAAUGAUUCAGAAGUUGCAAAGUAUUCUGGAUUCUGAAAGAAAGAAUUGUGGCUCAGUCAGUGAAGAACGGUUAAAGCUUCAGCAAGAAAAAGAACAGUUGCAAAAAGAAAUUGAGGACUUGAGAAAGAUGGCCGUGGAAGCUCAGCAAACUGCUAAAUUAAAGAUCAGCACAAUGGAGAAUGAGCAUUUAAUAAAAGAACACGGGUAUGAAGUUCGAAUGAAAGAGAUGGAAGAUGUGAAUCAAAACUCCACUGCUGAGCUGAGACGGCUGUUGAUUGCUCAACAGAAAGCAACAAAUCGGUGGAAGGAGGAAACAAAGAAACUUACAGAAAGUACAGAGACCAGAAUAAAUAAUUUAAAAAGUGAACUGAGUCGCCAGAAAAUUCACUCACAGGAGUUACUGGGUCAGCUGGAAAGAGCAAAUGAAAAUAUUAUAGAGAAUGAAAAAUUAAUGAUGGAACAUCAAGAAAAAGUCAACAGACUUCAAAGACGGCUCAGCCAAGCUGAAGAGAGGGCAGCUACAGCAUCUCAACAGCUCAGUACAAUUACAAUGCAGAGGAAAAAAGCUGUAUCCUUGAUAGAGUUGGAAAAUAUUUAAACAUGAUGCACUUUUCUUUUGUACAAUUCUCAUGUUAAAGCUGUUGAAGAAGAACAGCGUUGGAGCAUUAAGACCUAUCAUGCACACAGUGGUAAGUUUUUGCAGCAAUUCUAUGUUGCUUUAACUCAGAAAGACACAAAUGUUACAGCUUCUUCACAAAUACAAAAACCACAAAAAUAAAGAAAUAAGAGCAAAGCCAGAAAGGAAGCUGGGCUUCCCUUUCUCAGUAUAUGAAAUUGGACAUGCCACUGCAUAAUGUUUUCUGUUCCAUGAUUUUAAAGUGGAAAUCCUUUCUAUAAAUGUUCAUCCAUAAAGUCAAGACAUACCUGUUUCUGGACUAAAAGCUUUUUUUACUGUACAACUGGUUUGUCUAGCUAUACGUUACAGAAUUUUCAACUUUAAAUAAACCACAGUGUCUUUAAAAUGGGUAUUGUCCAUAUGUAACUUGUUCUGCAAAAUUAAUAAACAUCUUGUUUGUUAAUCUGGCA